ACCCUGCAGCGCGUAGGGGCUGGGGGUGCAAGGAGCCCCGGGUUUCAGGACACGUGUUAAUGCCCCUGGCUCUCUUCUCAGCUGGACUGGGGGCAAUCGCAGCCCCUCCCCACGGGGCGAUUCCUAGGCGAGAUCAGGAACUAUUGCAAGGAGGGGACGGAAUAAGGCAGGGACCUUCCUGUUCCCAGCAAUCCCCCCGGCUUGUGUUGUGUUGUGUGUGCGCCUGGCAGCUGGGAGGGGAGCGCACAAAGAGACCCGCCGCCGGCCACUGCUGCCGCGGGGCCGCGUCUCCGGCUGCAGCCCCGGCCCCGGGAGGGGGCAGCCCUGGCCGGGCGCCGAGCGGGGGCGAGGAACAGCAGCCGAGGCAGGAAAUCGCUGCCCGGAGGCAGCGGCCGCGCAGCUCGCUCCACAUGACUGGGAUCAUGCCUGGCCCUGCACCAGGGUUCCCCGACCCGGCCGGGAUCUCCCGGCUGGAGCGAGGGGAAGAGCCCAGGGUCCCGGAUCUCCAGGGCUCCGAAGAAAGGGAGAUCGUGAGAGGUGCCCGCGCAGCAUGUGCCAGGACGGAGGAGAACCUCCAGCGGGGAGGGCCUGCAGGAACGGAGUCUUACGGCAGCCCCAAGCAGGUGGAGGGCCGGCCCGACUGGGAGACAGUGUGCGAGAGCCCCCUGCAGGAGAUCCUGGUGCACCAGCGCACCCACAUGGGUGAGAAGCCCUACAAAUGCCCCGAGUGCGGGAAGAGCUUCCACCAGAGUUCCCACCUCAUCCGGCACCAGCGCAUCCACACCGGGGAGCGCCCCUACAAAUGCGGCGAGUGCGGCAAGGCCUUCAGCCAGAGCUCGCUGCUGACCCGCCAUCAGCGCACCCACACCGGGGAGAGACCCUACAAAUGCCCCGACUGCGGGAAGAGCUUCAGCCGCGGCUCCAACCUCAGCCAGCACCAGCGCAUCCACACCGGGGAGCGCCCCUACAAAUGCACCGAGUGCGGGAAGAGCUUCACGCUCAGCUCCCACCUGAUCCGCCACCAGCGCACGCACACGGGCGAGCGGCCCUACAAAUGCGCCGAGUGCGGCAAGGCCUUCGCCGAGAGCUCCCACCUGCGCCAGCACCGCCGCACCCACCGCUGCGAGCCGCCCUACAAGUGCCCUGAUUGCGGGCGCGCCUUCGCCCUGAGCCUGGACUUCGUGCAGCACGUGCGGGAGCACACGGAGCGCCGCCCCUACCGCUGCGGGGCCUGCGGUCGCUGCUUCCCCCUCAGCUCGGCCCUCUCGCAGCACCGCAAGAGCCACCACCACCCCCCGGCCGCCCCUAAAGCCCACCCGUGCGGGGUGUGCGGGAAGGUGUUCGGGAAGAGUUCGCACCUGGUGACCCAUCGGCGGGUGCACACGGGCGAGAAGCCCUUCGCCUGUGCGGAGUGCGGGCGUGGCUUCAGUCAGAGCGCCGACCUGGCGAAGCACCGGCGCACCCACACUGGUGAGCGGCCCUACCGCUGCCCCGAGUGCGGCAAGAGCUUCAGCGUCUCCUCCACCCUGGUCAAGCACCAGCGCAGCCACAAGGGAGAGCGGCCCUACCCGUGCCCCGAGUGCGGCAAGCGCUUCAGCCAGAGCUCCAACCUCAUGCAGCACCAGCGCAGCCACCGUGGGCACCGGCCCUACCACUGCACCGAGUGCGGCAAGGCCUUCGCCCAGAGCUCGGCCCUCCUGCAGCACCACCGCACGCACACCGGUGAGAAGCCCUUCACCUGCCUGCAGUGUGGCAAAGCCUUCAGCCUCAGCUCCAACCUGCGCACCCUCCUGAUCCGGCACCAGCGGAUCCACACGGGCGAAAAGCCCUACAAGUGCGGGGAGUGCGGGAAGAGCUUCUACCAGAGCUCCAACCUGGCCCAGCACUGGCGCACCCACACCGAGGAGAAACCCUACAGCUGCCCUGACUGCGGGCGCGGUUUCCGCCACAACGCCCACCUGGCGCAGCACCGGCGAACCCACACCGGCGAGCGCCCCUUCCCCUGCGCCCAGUGCGGCAAGGCCUUCAGCCAGCGCUCCAACCUGCUGCAGCACCGGCGCACCCACACCGGCGAGCGCCCCUUUGUCUGCACCCACUGCGGGAAGGGCUUCGGCGACAGCUCCAACCUGCUGCAGCACCUGCGCACCCACACGCCGGAGAGACCCUAUCAGUGCCCCGAGUGCGGGCGCAGCUUCCGCCACGGCAAGCACCUGACCCAGCACCGCUCCCUGCACACGGGCCAGAAAUCCCACUGCUGCCCGGACUGCGGGAAGGGCUUCAACUGGAGUUCCCACCUCGCCCAGCACCGGCGCAUCCACACCGGGGAGCGGCCCUACCAGUGCCCCCAGUGCGGGAAGGCGUUCACCCAGAGAUCCAACCUGCUGCAGCACCAGGCGCUCCAUCGCCCUGCCCAGGACCUGGCUGAGAACUGCAGAUGAGCCAUGUGGCUUAGGGGGCUGGGGUCAGAGGUCAUGCCAGAGAGGAGGGAGACCCGCCUCUCAGCACGGGAUGCCUGGGGUUAAAGGUCUGACAAUGUCCGACACCCAGGACUCCCCCACAGCAUGGACACGCCAGCUAGACCCCACUCGGACGUGCUGCUAGGGAAUGGGGGGGUGAAUUAAACAGGCUCCCAGAGGGGAGUUAUUUGCUGGAGAGGAGAGCUGGGGAUUUUAUUAAUAAAGGGUGUAAAGUAA